AUAGAAAAUAAACGUCACUGUCAACUCCCAAGCCAUCGGGGAAUGAUAUCAUUACAACAAAAAUGAUAAUUAACCAUUAAAUUACAAUAACUACAACAAUUAUAUCAUGUAAAUAUGGCAGACAAACUCAGGCAGGUAGCGCAAAGAAUAAAGGACAGAGUGCAUUUACAAAAUUUGUCAGCAAAUGGUCGCGAAAGAGUCGAUCAGAUUGUCACAAAAUAUGUCCCAGCGGUAAAAGUGACUGAAAUAGCAGAAAAACUGAAAUACGAAACAGUGACAAAAAAAGUAAGGGAAUUAGUUAGUAAAUAUGAGAAAUUCACCGGUGUUGAAGAAAUUAUGGCUUUGCAGAAUACCGUCGUCGACGCACAGGAGAGGUUCAUCGCCGCACAAGAACGGAGACGAGAGCUGGGUCGUCAGCUGGCUAGUAUUGAGUCUAGGCUGAAAGAACUGCACGCUGAGAUGCAGAACACGAUGAAGGGAGACGAGAAAUACUUGCACCUCUGUACUGAAGAGCAUAAGCUCAUAAUACAAGAGCGAGCUCUCCGGGCGCUGUUCGGUGAUGCUGAACGGGAAGAGCGCGAGCUGUUCGCUACGAUGUCGGCAGCCGUCAAGCUCGGUCACGAGAGAGAGCGCGCCCACGCGGAGAGGAACAAGUAUUGGUAUAUUGUGGCUUCUAUAUUUGGCACAGUACUAGGCAUAGCCGGUUCUUCGAUCAACAACCAUCUCAAAAUGGCCGAGUUUCGUGACAUGAUGGAACAGCAGAUGGCUCGUAGCGCCAGCGUCCUGUACACGAUAGCGGGAGGCGGGUCCGCCAGCCGGGCAGACAUCACCGACGCUAUGAAGACUGAGUUUGCUUAUCAGGUCAGUUGGGAACAACUCGCACAGAACCUUAAAUUAAUGCAGGAGAAUAUCACCCAUCUAGUUGAUAAACAGGAAUCUUUAAUAGAACAUUUACAUCACCGCGAACGUUCAAUGGACACCCAACUUCGUGAUCUGACGCGCGCUAUCUCAUCAGCUUCGCAGACCAGCGCCAGAUCAGACGCGGAAAUCGCAAAAGCCCUAUCCGUAGUCCACCAGGAUUUAGAAGACGUAGACCAGUACAAAGAGACGGAUAAGAAUAAGGUUUUACUCGAACCCAAUCAAAUUUUGACAGGAGUUGGAGUUAUAAUGUGCAUAGCAAUAAUAUUCGGCAAUGUCAUUGGCAGAAUCAGUUGAUUUCGUGGUCAAUUUAUAAAAAAAAAAUGAGGUUCCUGUGUGUUGUUUCUAA